AUUUAUGUUGGAAUUAUUGCAAUUAUUUUAUUUCAAUGGUAUCUAUUGUGAGGCCUUGAUUUACCUUAGCCUUUUUCUUCAAUUCUUCUGGUGAUCAUCUUCCAUCUUAACCUCAUCCGAGAGCAUUUACGGUGACAUGGGAAACAAACCGGUGUCUGUGAAGCAAGAAAGGGAAGAAAUUUUCUUGAAAAUUGUUCCUCCAGUGGACCGUGCUUAUGUUCGAUGGCUUACCCGUGAUGUCAAGAGGAUUCAUGGAUUCACCCCCAAAAAACCUUGUGCAGUGAAGCCACCUGAUCAUUAUAUAGAGUGCAUGCGGUUAAAUGGAUGGUUGGAGGUGAACUUGGACGACCCUGAUCUAGCCCAUUUGUUCAAGUAGAUAACACAUAAUUUAUGACUUCUGUAAGGAAAGUGAUUGGAAAUGGGAGAGAUGGAGUGACAGAUUCUCAUGCUGACUACAUUAAAAGAUGUCGAUCAUAACGUGUAGAUGAUACAGGCUGGUUAUGGUCAUAGUAUAUGUGUAAAAUGAUACGGGUUGGUUAUGAUCACAGUUUGUGAUCACAAUUUACUUAUGUAUUAAAAUUAAUUAUGAAUGUGAUAGCAUUUAUGCAAA